AUGGGUCGGACCGCCCCGGCCCGAAACGCAAUUUGCCUCUUUACAGAUGGAGCGGUCCCUUUCAAAAAUGUUACCCGACCCAACCUGCCCAAUUGGGUUUUACAUUCGGGUCCACAUUUUUCCGAAGCGUCCGAACAGGUCACCGUUAUCCGACACAAACUGAAUCCUGUCAAGCUGCGGGCCUUAGUGGUUGGCAUGGUUAGAUAUUUCCCUGAAGCAAAAUUCAAAAGUGCUACUAAAACCAAGAAAACAACUCGCAAAACGUGCAAGCUGAAUACACUGAAUGUGCAAUUUGUAAGGAGGACACUGGUGAGGCAACCUGCAAAUGGAAUGGUUGCCAGCAUCAAUUUCACGUUGAUUGUAUUGAUGGUUGGCGUAAUGGUGGAGAUCAAAAACAUACAGCAUGCCCAAGUUGCCGAACAGCUGAUCCAGUACUGCUUGAAAGAUACACGGAAAGACAAACAUUACGUCAACAAAGAAUACAAGCUGAGUAUAGAUCUCGGAGCCGUAGUGAAAGAGGAUCCAGUUCAGUUACCCAAUGUCCCCAUUGCGGCUCAAGGACCAUGCAGCUACGUUCUAGCGAAUAUGGGUAUCAGCUUUGUUGUGAAAGAUGUGCUUACAUCAGGCCCCGAUGAAGGUAAGGGAAUUCCUCAACAAGGCUGGAAUGACCCCUAA